UUUUGCCGCGCUGGGGGUCAGUGUGCGGCGAAGUUUAGAGCAGAAGAAGCAGCGGCGGCAUUAGUGAGGGCAGCGCGUUUUUAUUUCUGACUGGAAUCCGCCACAGCCUCGCUGACAAGCAGCCAUGCCAAGCACCAGGUCUCGGUCUCAAAGCUCCAUUCAGUUUCCCAAGAAAAAGACUUCUCAGACGCUCGCCAAAGAGGUCUCACGUGCAAAGAGCAAGUCUGAGAUCUGCUCCUCUGUCUCCCUCCCGCUCUCUCCACUUCCCAAAGAGCUUCCCCUCAGUCCACGCAAACGGCUCGGUGAUGACAAUCGUUGCAACAUUCCUCCGACAUUAAGCUGCUCCCCACCCAAGCAGUCUCGCAAAGAGACUGGCCAGCCAACCACCCCUAAGGGGCGCCGUUUACUUUUUGAUGAGAACCAGGCUGCAGCAGCGACACCACUAUCCCCCCUCAAGAAGCUACAGGAUCCUUAUCUGCUGUCCCCUGUGAGAAAGGGGCAAGAGACCCCACCCAGCUCUCGUAAGCAAAGGAACAGUGUGGGGGUCCAGCUAUUUAAACAGGAGGGCUCCUGCUAUCAGAAGGCUAAGCACGCUUUGAAUACGGCUAUACCCGAGCGCCUGUUGGCUCGUGAGAGUGAGACUGCAUUUAUCAAGACCUUCCUGACCAGUCAUGUUUCUGCUGGGAAAGCCGGGAGCCUUUACAUAUCUGGUGCUCCUGGAACUGGCAAAACUGCGUGCUUGAAUAAGCUGCUGCAGGAGAGCAAGGAUGAUCUCAAGCAGUGCAAGACUGUUUACAUCAACUGCAUGUCAUUACGCAGCUCCCAGGCAGUGUUUCCGGCAAUAGCUGAAGAAAUCUCUGGGGGGAAAUCUUCCCUUGCUGCAAAAGACAUGGUCAGGAAUUUGGAAAAGCUGGUGACUUCAAAGGGUCCAAUCAUCUUGUUGGUGUUGGAUGAGAUGGAUCAGCUGGACAGUAGAGGACAGGAUGUCUUGUACACAGUGUUUGAGUGGCCUUGGCUCCCAAAUUCCAGGAUGGUUCUAAUUGGCAUUGCUAAUGCGUUGGAUUUGACAGACCGUAUUUUGCCAAGGCUACAAGCUCGUCCCCAGUGCAAGCCACAGCUGCUUAAUUUUUCUCCAUAUACAAAGGAUCAGAUUGCUACCAUUCUGCAAGACAGACUAAAUCAGGUGUCAGGUGAUCAAGUUCUGGAUAAUGCUGCUAUUCAGUUCUGUGCCAGGAAAAUCUCAGCGGUCUCUGGAGAUGCACGGAAGGCACUAGAUAUCUGCAGGAGAGCCGUGGAAAUUGUGGAAGCGGAUGUACGGGGCCAGACUGUCCUUAAGCCGCUAACUGAAUGUCUAUCUCCUAGUAAAGAAGCCCCAUCAAACCCUGUUCCAAAAAAGGUCAGCCUUCCACACAUCUCCCGUGUUCUGUCAGACGUGUACGGAGACAAGAUGGCAAUCAAUGGGGGGUCCAGCGACAGCUUUCCUUUACAGCAGAAACUGCUGGUCUGUGCCCUGCUGCUAAUAACUCGCCAAAGCAAGAUCAAGGAGGUCACGCUUGGCAAGGUGCAUGAGGCAUACAGUAAAGUCUGCCGAAAGCAACAGGUUCCUGGAGUUGGCCAAUCAGAGUGCCUGUCGCUUUGUCAGCUCCUGGAGACGAGGGGUAUUCUGGGCCUAAAGAAAGCCAAGGAGGCCCGGCUUACAAAGGUCUCUCUCAAGAUAGAGGAGCGGGAUAUUGAGCAUGCAUUCAAGGAUAAACUUCUAAUCGGGAAUGUUCUCAAUUCAGGGAUUUAAUGUUAGUUUUAGUCUACUUUUUAUCUCUAGCCUAACUUCUGUAAAAUUAUGUACAAUUUUAUGCCUACUGUAUAUUUAGAAUUUUUAUAUUUUGGACACAUGACUGUAUAUAGCCUUUUUUUAUUUAUAAAGGAGGGUGAAAAAUCACAGGCCUUUUAAACACAGGCAAACAAUUACUUUUCAAUAUUUGGUUGUUUUCUACUGUUCAGUACAGUCAUAAAGAUUGACCUGUUUUGUAAAGUAUCUGCACGUGACAUAACUAGUUUCUGCUGUAAAUAAAUAUAGUCUGGUUUUAAUUUGCUGUCGUGUGCAGCAGAUGUUAAUCUUUAAGUAUCUGUAAGGUACGGCCCUGUUUGUUUUUUUUAUAGACAAGGUGUUUUUAUGCCCUGGAUUAGACUUGCGUUUUAUUCAAGAAUCCACUUCUGUUUUAAUAAACAUUAAACCAUUUUUUGCUUUUUUUUUUUUGCUUUCUAUUGUGAAGGGAUAUGGCCAACUCUGAUGAAUAAAACACAUCAGUUUGUUUGAGGUGG